UUGUGUGGUGAUGACAAGUUGUGCUUGUUUGAUGUUGCUGCUACUGGUGACUUAAGUAUUGGCGAGGCUACAAAAGAAGUUGAAGAAGACCUACAAAUUUUAGAAGAAAUACUUCAACCAACUGUUUGUGAUCCUCAAUGUGUGAAUGGAGCAUGUGUUGGUAACAAUAGUUGCUUCUGUUCUGAAGGAUAUCAAGGAAUAGCUUGUAAUCAACCAGUACUUAAUGAAUGUGAAGAGAACAUUUGUGUGAAUGGAGGCACUUGUAGUUUGAUUGCUGGAGACACUGUAUGCAGUUGUUUAGAUCUAUAUACAGGAAUUAAUUGUGAGGAUUUAAUUUCAAGCCCAACAUCUUCUCCUUCUCUGACACCAUCAUCAGCCUCAUUGUCUGUGCUUCUUGUGAUAGUUUUUGUUGCUUUGGCAGUUAUUAUUGGAGUGAUUGUUCUUAUACUGGUGGCAAUAUUCUGCAUACAAAAAAAGAAAAGAGAUCUGAAGAAUCCUUCUCAGCUCCAAUCAACAAAUCCUUUUUAUAAUGAUGAUCCUGAAGGCGACACUGAAGCAUAUGAAUUGGAUUGGCAUUCGAAGGACAAAAAAAAUGAAAAUUAA